GAGGCAGGCUGAAACACUCAGACCGCACGCACAUGUGGAGCAAACAGGCAACGAGAAAGGACAAGGGAGAAGACAGCAAAGGAGCAUAAAGCUGCCAGCACAGAGCAGUCUACACUAGUUUGGCUUUUGGAAGUAAAGCAGGUAGAAAGAAGUUAUAAAACAAGAAAAGAGACGUUAAAAAGAAAAGGCUCGAUCUUCAGGUGCUAUUUUGAGUUCUGUAUUAUUCGUAAAGGAGUGACUUAAGAUUUUAAAAGACUUUGGUGAUGUGAAGUGUUAUGGGUUUUAGUUUCUGAGUAGAUAAUAGAAGAAUAGUGCAGAGCUGGAAUUUGAAUGCACCUGCAGCAACAGAUCAGAAGACUGACCUUUUCUGGCCUUGAUCUGUAGAUCAACCUGCUGAUGUUUUACUAACGAGGGUUAUAAGCCAAGCCCACUUUGUCAAACGCUAAUUGACACUUGUUGGGAGCUCCACUGCUUUUUGCUGCCGAAUUCAUCAAGGUAAAAAUGACUUUUGCCAUGCUACGCACUCCACCUCCAGCCGGCCGCUUCUUGUAUGGAGACAUCGGCCUCCUAUCAGAAGACGACGAUGAGAACUGCAGCGAGGGGUCAGGCUCUGAGGACCGAACCAGCAACUCUUCCAAUUCUGCAUCAUUUCGCCAGUCUGCCUUCCACAUCAAGGUGAACAGAAAGAGGAAGAUGUGUGGGAGUGCAGGUGUAAGUGUCUCUAACCUGACGGGCAGGCUGGGGCCCCCAGGCUCAUCUCCUCCUGGGGAAGUUCGCCAGAGAACCGCAGCCAAUGCACGUGAGAGAGAUCGCACCAAUUCAGUCAACACGGCGUUUACGGCGCUGCGCACGCUCAUUCCCACUGAGCCGGCCGACAGGAAACUCUCAAAGAUCGAGACGCUACGUCUGGCCAGCAGCUACAUCAGCCACCUGGGGAACGUGCUGCUCCUUGGCGAAGGUCUUCAUGACGGACAGCCCUGCCACGCCCCCUCGCCUCCGUUCUUCCACGUCAGCUCCUCCCCCACCAGAGGAUCCGACCAGUCGGCUCAGCCUAAGCACAUCUGUACCUUCUGCCUCAGCAACCAGAGGAAAAUGAACAAAGACAGAGACAGGAAGACAAGCAUCCGAAGCUAACGUCAAGGGACAAACCACACUGACAAAAUGUUCAAGAUGGGGCUUCAUGGGACUUUUUUUUAACAACCACUGCAGCUGGAAGACCAACCAGAUUCUGAUGCAUUUUAAAGACCUUUGAAGGAUUUCUGUAGCACUUCCUCUUCCUUUGCAAGGAAAUUUUUAAUAUUUCCUUUUUCUAUUACUUUAUACAAACUCUUUGUUUUACAGCGUGGAAUCAUGAACAGUACUUUCCAUGGAUUUUCACCUGCCUAUCAGGACCGUACAAAAUCUUAUAAGUACUUAAUAAAUCAUGGCACAUGAUGACUAAAAACUUACAAAUUUGUAUUCAUUCAAAGCUGUGUCUUAUUAAAAUGUAAACUGAUAUAAAAAUGUAUAUUUAUGUAACAUAACAAUAUAUAAUGAAAGUGUGUUAUUUAACAAACUAUGGCAUUUUUUUGAUAUUUUGCAUUGUUUCAAUUACAGGCUUUGGUUACUGACUCAGUUUGUAGCAUCACAGAAAACAUGCUGGAACUAUGCUGGUAAUGUUUCUUUCUAUUUUUUUUUUUUUUUUUUUAUUCAUCCUUGAAAGGGAAAAGAAAAUUGAGUUGACUAAUAAAAUGUUUUUAAAUCUGGGAGUCAAUCAUAUUUUUCUGAGUAGGCCUAUACUGUAUUUUCAAAUCUCGCCCCAGUAAUUGCUGGUUCCAACCAAUAAAGCUUAUAAAGUUUCCAUUUUGAAUUUAUGAUGGCAUGCAGAUGUUUUCUAAAACCAAAUAGUGGUUUUUGAGGGACACUUUUACCACUAUGAGAGACAAUGAACCUAUGAAAAUCUUUUAUAGGAGUGAACUUAAGGCAUAACUUUAUUACAUAAAUAUAAUCAAUGUUUCUUAUGAUUAUAUUUCAGUUUAGACUUGCCCUUUAAUUUAAAACUGCUAUUUUGUGAUUCCCUAAAGGAUUUCUGAGCAGAAAUGUGUCAUUUUUGUUGUCUUACAACAGCUAUGUUGUUGUGCAACUCUGUGCCUUGGUCAAAACGAUAUUGCAAAAGCAUGUUGGUUAAAUAAAGAUUUUAAUGACAAAAAAAAAUCUAAAAUAAAGUUGAAGAUGAGAGAAAAACAGGAUGAAGAAGUGGAGAAACAGUGGAGCAAAAGAGAAGGAGUGGGAGGAAAGCUGAAGUGGGUUGCAAAAUUGCAUCUGCAGGUAUGGGUACUUGGACAUCUGCCUUUGUCCCUUUGCUGUCCUCUUUUUUACCUUUCCACAUGCCUGUACUCUGUUCUCCUCCUCUGCUCUUCCUCUGUUCUCCCUGGAGUGCCACUGGCCAGAAUCUGGUUGGUGAUGGCUUUCCAGUGUGUUCAUCCUGACAGUGCAUACCUUCCUGUAACCUUGUCUGUCCAUCUUUCCAUCCUCAUCUUUUACACUAUAAACUAUAUUUUUCAGCCUUUGAAAAGA